AUGUAUGUAUGGGAAGAGUCCUGUGAAAGCAUUUCUAACUGCAGUUCAUGUAUUGGUAAUGGCACAGCUACUGGCUGCAAGUGGAUCAGAUGUGCAGACCUGUGUGUAAGUGAAAAAGAAGUGGGUUCAAAGUAUCAAAACUGUACAGCUGAAGAAGAGUGUGCUUCUUCUACAGUUGCUCCUCUUUCCAAUACUACUAUGCCGUCUUCCAAUAGUACCACACCACCUUCCAAUGCCACCACAGCAUCUUCCAAUACUACCACAGCCAGUUCUGCUACCACAGCUCAUACUACUAUAGCUAACGUCACCAAUGUAACUACACAUGCUCCUUUACCUACGACUGCUGUUACUGCAGCUACCACAACAACCAGUGUUCCAGGUACAAAUGCUACUGUGACUCCUGCACCUUCUCCACGCAAAUCUACAUUUGAUGCUGCGAGUUUCAUAGGUGGAAUUGUCCUUGUUCUGGGUCUGCAGGCUGUUAUUUUCUUUCUGUACAAAUUCUGCAAGUCGAAAGACCGAAAUUAUCACACACUUUAGGACCUGCCACUUUAUAAUGGACUAAUAGCCCAACACCUGUAGUUCACCGAACCAAAAUAUUUUCUGUUGCUCAUGGAAGACAGCAGUUCAUGAUAUCCUCUAAAUCUCUAAAAGAAGACUUUAAAAGAAUAUUUUUGCAACAUUAUUAUUGGCAAGAGGUGAUACGAAUCUCUUCUUAGGAUUUCUUGCAAUAUGCUGCAUGGGUUCUAAUGGCUGUCUUAUUUUCCUUUAGUGGCUGCUGCUGUGGGACUUUUUUUUUUAAUAUGCCAAAUGUAGACAUUCAGAGAUUCUUAUUCGGUGGCAACACUGUCUUGAGUAGACAAUCUUGUGAUGACUUAUUGUGGAGGCUAAUUUAAUCGGCAUUUCAUACAGUGUCCCUUCAGUUUUAUCAAGAUGUGAAUUAUUGGUGACUGACUUCAGGGAGUGAAAUACCAUUUAUACUAGCUUGUGGCUCUUCUAGUGUGUUGCUAAAAAGAUGAACAAAAUUGUAGAAGUAGGUAAUGUCUUAACAGAA